CCCCCCAAAGCAGCAGCUUCCAGUCACACACCCAAUAUGAGAAGAAGUACCAUAAUAUUCUUCGUGGGAGUGCUCGCCGGCUUAGACAGCUUUUCGAAUGCCCAGUCUAGGGAGCAUCCCGCCAGGUCGAUAUACAAGCUGCGCGAGUAUCUUGAACUCCAAGGAAAUUUGGUUCUCAACCUGGAGUACUAUGUAUACCACCUGGAAAUAAAACUGCAUAAAAUCCAAGAAGCUCUGCUUGACAUGGAGAAAGUGCAUGCUCUUUUUGAGGAGGACAAAAGGGCCUUUGUGUCCAAUCCCGUCAACAGUUUCUCGCUCAUCCGACACAUGCACUCUGACUGGAUGAAGUGGCAGCUCUACCUAUCGGGGGACCCAGGACAAGAACAACUGGCGUACAUGAGGGAAACCAGUGCGUAUCUCCCCACCAAGGAUGAUAUCGCAGACGCCCUUCUGGGUAUGGAAAGAGUGAGGAGUGUGUAUGGCCUGGAGCCCCAGGAUAUGGCGAGUGGCUUGCUCUCGGACGUGCAGUACGACUCUAGUUUUUCCCCCCACGACUGUCGCUCGCUGGCGGAGUACAGCAUCGGAAUGAAGGACUACCCCACUGCAGAGCGGUGGCUACAGGUGGCCAUAUCGCUGCUUCAGGACAGAAAUGAGGAUCCAGUUGUCCCUCUGAACAUCAUUGAUGUGACCCAAACUCUAGUAGAAAGCUACCGCGCCCAGCGAAAUCCUUGGAGUGCUGGGCAUAUCCUGGAAGCUGCUCUGAAGCUGAGUCCUUUUGAGGCUCGUCUGUUGAGGCUGAAGGAGCAAGUGAGCACAGACUUGAUGUACGAGGCUCCGCUGAAACCCAGGCCAAAAGAAGUGCCCGAUCAGGAUCACUGCUGUAAUGGGCUUUGUAAGGGGCCCAGGAACAGGCACCUCCACUGCUUCUACCUCACUAAACGAGGAUCCCCCUUUCUGCUUUUGGCCAGGGUUAGGACUGAGAUUCUCUCUGACGAUCCCUUUAUUGCGUUGUACUACGAUGUAUUGACCCACUCCGAUAUGGUGUCCCUGCGGAACACAAGCGAGCCGUUGCUACAUUCAGCCACCACCAUUCAAUAUCUUAACGCGCCGCAGGAGUUGUCUACCUCCCGUACAGCGCACUCCUUCUGGCUGGAACCGACCAUUACAGAGGCGCGACACAAAAAGCAGAUCAGGUGCUUUGGGAUGUCACGGGCCUAA